AUCUUUUUGCUUGCUAACCACCAAGCAGAAAUAUUGAGCAAGCAGUUACAAUUGAGGGUGGUAUCCAGGCUUAUUGUAGUGAACUAAGUUUGAACUAUCCAUUUUGGGAUACCAGUGUCCAAAACUAGAAUCCUGUGACUUGGAUGUUUACAUGCAAAGUACAUUGAAGUGCAGAAACUGUCCUAUAUCCUCUGAUGCCUAUAAUGUUGGCAGAUGCCAUGGCUAUGGUAUAACAAAGGUUAAAUGAAGCUAGUUACAUGUACAAACUGUAGGUUAGGUAUGACGUAAUGCAACAUUCAUAUUGCCCUAAGGGAGAAGCUACGUAUACUUCACACCCAGUCAUUGUUAUAAUGAAACCUUGUGGUGACCCUAUGUAGUAGAGCCAGUUUUAAUAGUCAGUCCAAGGCCAGAUGAUCUGCAGCUAAAGCCACAGGACUCUUACUAUUUCACCCAGAUCUGUAGAUUGAGAAUUCAGGUUGUAAUUACAGAUGGGUGAGAAAACGGAUGAUGAGCCUUUCCUGCGACUGUGGGACGCAGCCUUCGACGAUGAUGAAAUGAAGGCAUCCAUGUUGUUAGCCAUGGGAGAGGAUGUUAACCAACAGGAUCCAGACACAGGGUCCACCCCUCUGUACAUUGCUGCCCAGUGUGGCAAUGUCAAGGUCAUCAAUGUGCUGAUCAAUGAUGGCGGUGCAGAUGUCAACCUAGCAAAAAAGGACGGAGCCACACCCCUCUGUGCUGCCUCCCAGUAUGGAAAGAUCGAUGCAGCCCUGGCCCUUAUAGAAGCAGGAGCAGAGACAGAGAUUCCAAGAGAUGGAGAUGUUGCCCCUCCCCUCCACAUAGCCGUGGUCAAGAACAACCUGGAGAUGGCCGUGACCUUGGUGGAGGCUGGCGUUAACAUCAAUCAAAGGUGGAAGGAAGGUGUCACACCCUUGUUUGUAGCAGCCAAAUUUGGCUAUGCUGAAAUGGUCCGGCUGCUCAUCAAGCUGGGAGCAAACAUCAAUGCAGCAUCCAAGAAAGAGGGUGGUGCCACACCCAUCUGUGCAGCUGCCCAGUUUGGCCAGGACAUGGUGGUUAACAUCCUGGAGAAGGCUGGAGCGGACAGGCGGCCGGCCGAGAAACUGGGCUUCCUGUAGCGGCAGUUAGACUCAGAACUAUAGUUAUAUCUGGCUAUACCAGUACAUGGAGACCAUUUUCUUCAUGCUGGCUGAUAUGAGGGCUAUUUUUGUCAUGUUCCACUUAUCUCUUAGAUGCAAGAGUAGUCUGGUAAACAAAAUUUUAUCCCCAAGAAGCUAAAAGGUUUAGUUAUCCAGACAAAAAGUUGGUGGUGACAAGCAGAACUGUUGUUUUUUAUGUGCCGCUGUCAGAUGAUCUCUAAUUAAGGUUAUGAGAUGUAAUUAUUUUGAAAAGUGAGACCUUUGUUGAAAAGCAUCAACUCUGGUUAUUAGUAUGUUAAGCAGUCAACUUAAAUUUGCUGGGCAUUGUUGUCGAACCAAGCAGGAAAUAGUUUCAUCCUUUCUAUUGUGGAAACUGAGAGGUAGUAAAGGUCAAACUCCUGCAAUGCACUUGCCUUGGAUGACUUUUACUUACACUUUAAUUAUAUAAAGACACUGAAAUUGAAUACUAGAACUUGGGAAAAGUAAUGCUUGAAGGGCUCUAUCUGAAGCAAAGUAUGUUCUAGCUAAGUCCUGACUACAGGUCGAGAGACUGAUAAAGCUGUUAAAUGGUUAUAGACGUAUUGUAAUUCAUUAAUGAUUUAUU